AUGGAAGAGGUUAGGUCAACCUCCGCCUGGGUUGCCUCUCACUCCUCCCAUGUCCUCAUCGACUCCUCAGGCAUUGAGAAAUUUGCGGAGGAAAUGAAAGAUUCAAUCCCGAAGGUGGAGUGGAAUUUCGAAGGGAUUCAUUAUUUUGAUGAUACCCCUCUCACUGUUCAGUAUCUGCUUGUCCUGGAUGCUCUAAAUUUCUGCUUUUGGCCUGAUAAUGAAUUGAGUUAUGAUCAUUUGGCUGCGGGAUUGAAGGAAGCACUUGAGAAUGAUAAGUCUGCUUUUGAUGCUGAUCGUCUGCAGAAGUACACAGGUCCUGAUUUACGUAAAAUGUUGAAAUGGCCAAGGCCGUUACCUUUGGAGGAUGAACGAGUGCGCUUAAUUCAUGAGGUGGGGUUUGAACUGGAGAGAUCUUUUGACGGGAAAGCAUCCAAAAUCGUUGAGUCCAGUGAGAAAUCUGCUGCAAAACUCGUGGCUCUCAUCACUAGCCACUUUCCUGGUUUCAGGGAUCACACAGUGUACAAAGGUCACCAAAUUUUCUUGUAUAAAAGAGCUCAGAUAUUUGCUGCAGAUUUAUGGGGUGCAUUCAAAGGUCAAGGGUAUGGUGAAUUUAACGACAUAGAAUCCGUGACUAUGUUUGCAGACUAUAUCAUCCCUGCAGUCCUUCAGCAGCUUGGAGUACUGAAAUUUAGUCCUUCACUAACGAAUAUGAUUGAGUUUAAUAAGGAAAUCGGUUCAGGAAGUGAGGAGGAAGUUGAACUUAGGGCAUGCACUGUGCAUGCUGUGGAGGAAAUAAGGGAGUUGAUCCACAAGAAAUCAGGAAAGCAGGUUCUGAGUGUGGAGUUGGACCUGUGGCUCUGGGCUUUCGGUAUUCAGUGUUCUUCCCUUCAACACCAUCGAACACUCUCCAUAUAUUAUUGA